AUGCAGUUUCGCCUCUUCUCCUUUGCCUUGAUCGUCCUGAACUGCAUGGAUUACAGCCAUUGCCAAGGCGGCCGGUUGAGACGCGGCAAAAGAGCAAACUAUGGGCCAAAUCCAAUUUGCAAAGGUUGCUUGUCUUGCUCAAAGGAUAAUGGAUGCAUCAGAUGUCAACAUAAGUUGUUCUUCUUUCUACGAAGAGAAGGAAUGAGACAAUAUGGGGAAUGCUUGAAUUCCUGCCCGUUGGGGUACUACGGUCUCCGAGCUCCAGACAUGAACAGAUGUUCAAGAUGCAGAAUAGAGAACUGUGAUUCUUGUUUUAGUCGAGACUUUUGCACCAAGUGCAAACCUGGUUUUUAUCUCUACCGAGGCCGUUGCUUUGGAGAAUGCCCUGACGGUUUUGCCCGUUUAGAGGAGACUAUGGAAUGUGUGGAAGGUUGUGAAGUGGGCCCAUGGAGUGAGUGGGCAAUUUGCAGCACAAAGAACAAGACCUGCGGAUUUAAGUGGGGUUUGGAAACAAGAACGAGGCAAAUUGUAAAAAAGCCGGCAAAAGACACGAUACCAUGUCCAACCAUUGCGGAGUCCAGAAGAUGCAAAAUGGCCUUGAGGCACUGUCCAGGAG